AUGCGUCUUCUACUACUCCUUUUCUCCUUCAUACUCCUCUCAUCAAGCUCCGCGUCUUCUCUGACGACAGGUCCGGGAAUUCUGGAGAUUCUCAUAGAAUCUGGAGCACCAACUGAUGUGGGAUUCAUUGUGACCUGUGACGACAAGCGUCAUGUCACUUGGCGUCAUUUGAAGCCAAACACUCCGGAAUUAUUGAUUUUCGAUAAAUUAAAUCAAACACGUUCCCUCCAUGAGGUGAAUGUCACGAUUUACGAUAACGUCACAUCACAUUCGGUGACGGUUUUCACACAUCAAGGUUUAUACGACGCCGAUUAUCUGCCAACACCGUAUACCGGAUUGCAAAUAAAAUACAAGUGUGCCGAAAAUCGAUACGGUGGUGGUUGCGAGCAACAUUGUUCGGAUCCAAGAGAGAACUGGGGAUGUGAUUUACUUGGACGGCAGCGUUGUGCCGUGGGUUACUGUGGAUGGAAUUGUGAAAAAUCUGGAUCGGAAUGUAAAAACGACUACUGUAAAUGCCAGAAUGGUGGGAAAUGUUAUGCAUCUUCCAUCUUUCCAGACAUGCUAGUCCACUGUGAUUGCCCGCCAGGUUAUCAUGGUGCCUAUUGUGAGGAAUUCCAGUAUUUCGUCAGAAAAUCGGAGUUUUCGACGAAUUUCGGCCAGAGAACGAUGAUUCCGAACAAGUUUUCGAAUCGAACCGAUAUCUACCAACUUUUCGAAAAAUACGAAAAGGAACAGCGGACAUCCGGAAACAAGGAAAUUCAGUCAUUUUUUGAACCCAUCGAAAACCGCCAAAGUUUUAUGGAGGCUUCUGGAGAUGAGGAGAAUGAAUGA